GGAGGGCACGAGCGGAUGAGGAGGGAGGAGACGGCCGGCGGCGGCGACGGCGGCAGCGUGGGGAUAAGAGGCCGUGCGCUCCCGAGCCCCACGUGCGGGCAGCGGGCGGAGACUCGGAGGGAAGCGGGCUCGGCCACACGUCAGAGGCCGGCCGGCGCGAUGGAACCGGCGCUGGACCUGGGGCUCGGGGACUCGUCCCUGCACCGCUACCUGGAUGGCGAGUUCUGGCGCCUCAAGAACGAGUUGCGCAGGCAGCUGGGCGGCUGCCCGCUCUUCCGGCACAGGUAUGAUUUAAGUCUGGAUGAAAUGAGAACUCUGACACUUCAGAGAGUGAAGUUUACCAUGGGCCUACCUCUGUUAAAGCGUGCAAUUCAGGAACAGGCAGAGAAAACAAAGAAUUUUGUCAGUCGCAGCCUGGUCAUAGGAGAAGUCCUCUCCAUGGCAGACAUGGCCACGGGAGUCAAGUGUGGAAUAAUUUAUUGGCUAUUUGGUGGUGCCAUCAGGAAUCUCGGAAGCCCAGCACACGUGACUAAAUGGCUUCAGCCACUCCAGGAGCAGAAAUACACGGGGAUGUUUGCAAUGACUGAGAGGGGCCACGGGAGCAACGUGAGAGGGAUCCAGACAGAAGCCACCUUUGACCUCUCGGCACAGGAGUUUGUAAUAGACACACCGUGUGAAAAUGCCGAGAAGAUGUACAUUGGAAAUUCAAUGUAUGGGAAUUAUGCCGCAGUCUUUGCCCAGCUCAUCCUAAAUGGAAGAUCUCACGGGCCCCACUGUUUCAUCGUUCCUGUCCGUGAUGAAAAUGGAAGCUUGCAUCCAGGAGUGAUGGCUAUUGAUAUGAUGUAUAAAGAAGGUCUCCAUGGUGUGGAUAAUGGGAUUCUGAGAUUCGACAAGGUUCGGAUACCAAGGGAGAACUUGCUGGAUAAGUUUGGUUCCGUGGCUCCAGAUGGCCAGUACCACUCCCCCAUUAAGGACAGGAGUACCAGAUUCAAUGCGAUGCUCGCUGCACUGACCCCUUCAAGAUUAGCUGUGACUUUCCAAGCUAUGGGUUCUAUGAAGCUGGGGUUGACGAUAGCCAUUCGCUAUAGCCACAGCCGGAGGCAGUUUGGGCCCAAAGCCAAGGAGGAGGUCAAGAUUAUCGAGCACCAAACACAGAACAUGCGGCUGAUGCCUCACCUGGCCACGGCUUUGGCCUUGACCUUCGUGAGCAGGUAUGCUGGUGUCCUUUUGGACAAGGACAUCUUCUCUGGGAAGGAGCUUGUCAACAGUCGCUCGCUGCAGGUAGCGGGGCUGAAGGCCUACAGUACCUGGGAGAAUGUCAGCUGCCUGCAGGACUGCCGAGAGUGCACCGGAGGCAUGGGUUAUAUGAUGGAAAACCGAAUCUCAGGCUUAAAAUGUGACACAGAUGUGUUUGUAACAUUUGAAGGUGACAAUGUGGUAAUGCUGCAGGUUGUUGUUCGAGAACUGCUGGCUCAGUACACCAAACAGUAUGAAAAAAGACCCCUCUCCAGCCUCCUCCAAAACUGGGCAGAGUCAGGCAGUGACAAGCUGAAAACCAGUGUCCUGGCCUUCAACGUGGAUACAGUCGGUAGUCUCGCCUUUCUGUUGAAAGCAGUGAAUUUUCGUGAACGGGUUCUUCAGCGGGGUUUGGUGGCCAGAAUUUACUAUAAGGCGAUGACCAAGAAGGAGGACUUUUUCAGUGCCUGGAACUCAUGUCUUCACCAUGUCACCUGCCUGUCGCUGGCACACAUUCACAGAGUCACUUUAGAGCAGUUCUUCCUGGCCGUGAACAGCUGUCCAGACCUAGAAGACCAGGCUUUGUUAAAGAAGUUUUGUCUGCUGUAUGGAACCAAGCUGGUGUUCCAGGAGCGAGCCUGGUAUCUUGAACAUAAAUAUUUCACUCCCGUGGCCAGCAUGAGGAUUAGGAGUCAGUUGCUCGAUUUGUGCGACUCAGUGAAGGAUGAUGCCCUGAGGGUGAUCUCCGCCUUUAACAUCCCGCACACCUCCCUCCACGCACCAAUCGCUGGAAUCUCCAACCCGAUGGCUGCCUGGGCCUUCUACCCGGCACCUCCGCAUCUCCUGGUCCGGGAAGGAGCGCGGUCUCCGCGGCCCAAGCUGGGAGCCAAGUUAUAGCGGAUGUGGCGGGAAGGGUGGUGGCGCGCCCGCAGCUGCCACUACGCUUCUCAGACGCCUGGAGCUGGGGCCCGAGGCCAGCUGGCAUGCGCUGCGCCGCGGCGCUCAGGGACUUUGGUCGUGGAGAGGGGAUCCCGCAGAAGCUGGCGAAGCGCACUGCGGCUGUUGGGAAAGGGAGCCAGGCAGCAGCCCCGGGAGUGCAGCAUUUUAUCCGCUCCCAGUAACCUCUACUGGCCUGGCCACGACCUCUGCCGCCUUCAGCAGCAGAUACCCCUAGGCUGAGUGGGCUUCCCUUUGAGCGCGCUCUAGAGCUGGUUGCCACCAAAGGUCUCCGGUUGUCAGUGGUGACUCAGAUUCCCAGUGAUUUGUAAAGACUGUGGUGCUGGGUAGAAAAUAAGAAUAAAAGCAUAAAAAUCAAACACCCUCGGGCAAAGGUUCAGUUCAGCAAACGAUGCUCUGCCAGUAAAUCAGACCCCCUUGGGAACACACGAUCAGGGCAAGGGGAGUGUGAGCCUGAAGUUUUGCUCUGGGCAAAUCACGACCUAGGGCUCGUCCUCCCAGGCAGACAGCUUCCUGAUGGACCGCAGGCGUGGAAAACAUUUUUACCAAAUGAAAGUGUAACCUACUUUUGAGGAGAUCAUAAAUAUAGACAAAGCUUAAUAAAGAAAGUAAUUGUUGGUAAGGCGCUGCCGCUGCUUGCAGAGGAUGGGGACUACACUGCCUUAAGUUGUCUUCCGAACUUGGAGAGCCCAUGCCGGCGACGCCUGUGGUUCCAGCGAAGGCCGUAGAUGUCGCCCGACUUCAUUCUCCCUUUUCAGUCCAAGCCAUCCUCCGUUCUCCCUCACAUCUCGUGGAGGAGGCUGAAGGGGACUCUGCUCUGCUAGUGUCCACAAGGGCGACGACCUCCAGGACCUAAGCGGAGACCUACUGUUUACCGGUCCCUUCUUACGCUGCUCCUUCUUGAGGUUGCGGAAGAGGGCGGGAAGGGCUUGCGGUCGCCCGACUCUGGGCUCUUGGCCGAAGCUCCUCCGCACAGUCUGGGUUGCACGAACAGCCGCCUCGGAGCCGACCUCCUGGUUGUGUCCCAAAUAAGAGCAUUUAGAGGGCAGCUUCCCCCCACUCCUUCGUUUUUUAAAGUGUUUGCUGGGUCACUAGAGCAGACGACGCGGGGGCGGCGGAGCUGCACAGAAGCAGAAGACAACCGUCAGGGUUUCUUCUGUGUGGUUCUUUUCCGGCCCUUGUCUGCGCCGUUCAACGCCACGGAGAGCAUGGAGCAGUCUGGCGCGUGGCAGAUUUGGGGCUCCCAGCAGGGCACAGCAG